CCCUCCCCCCUGAUCGCCCCCUCCCACGGCACUUCCCGCGUCGUCCCUUUGGUGCUUUGAGCUUUGGUCGGCCGUCGCCUGCAAAUGUCGGGCAGAUGAUUGCCGAGUUCCGGGCGCUCCGGGGUCGUUGCGCAGACUUGGCAUGGAGGGCGCGGCGCCCGCACAGCCCUUCGUCGCGGCGCUGGACGUCGGGACGACGUCGAUACGCUGCCACAUCGUCGACGCGUCGGGGAACGUCAUCGCCACCGCCACGGACUCGGUGAAACUACUGUACCCGAAGCGCGGCUACGUGGAGAUAGACCCGGAGGUUCUCUGGGAGUCUUCCAGGAAGGUCGUCGAGGAUGCGAUCAAGGCGGCGGGCCUGAGGCCGGAGCAGGUGACGGCCCUCGGGGUGUCCACGCAGCGGAGCACCUUCGUGACGUGGGACCGCGCGACGGGGAAGCCCUUCCACAACUUCAUCACCUGGAAGGACGUGCGGGCCGACAGCAUCGUCAGGCAGUGGAACAGCUCGUUCACAUGGAGGGCGAUGCGCUUUGGCGCCCGCUGCCUGUACGCGGUGACGGGCAGCAAGCGCUUCCUCGCGGGCAGCGUGCUGCGCCUGAUGAACUCGCAGGUCACCUGCCGCUUCAGCUGGGCGCUCAGCAACGUGCCGGCGCUGCGGGAGGCCGUGGCGCAACGACGGGCCGCCUUCGGCACCGUCGACACCUGGCUCAUGUACAAGAUGACGGCGGGCAGGUGCCACGUGACUGACGUGUCGUCGGCGUCCGCCACGGGCUUCUUCGACCCCUUCACCAUGACGUGGGGCUCGUGGGCGCUGGGGCUGUUCGGCAUCCCGGAGGACGCGCUGCCCGCCGUGGGCGACUCAGCGGGCGCGCUGGGCGAGAGCGACCCGGCUGUGUGGGGCGCGGCCAUCCCCAUCAGGAGUCUGAUUGCCGACCAGUCGGCGGCCGUGUUCGGGGCGUGCUGCUUCAAGCCCGAGCUCAUCAAGGUGACCAUGGGCACCGGCACCUUCGUCAACAUCAACACGGCGGGCAAGCCGCACGCGUCCGUCAAGGGGCUGUACCCGGUGGUGGGGUGGCGGGUCAAGGACGAGCUCGUGUACCUGGUGGAGGGCGCCUCCAACGACACGGCCAACAUCGUCAACUGGGGCCAGAGCGUCGGCCUCUACUCCGACCCCGCCCAGUCCUCCGCCAUGGCCGAGUCCGUCCCGGACUCUGACGGCAUCCUGUUCAUCCCGGCCUUCAGCGGCCUGCAGGCCCCCGUCAACGACUUCCAGGUGGGUGAAGCUGACGGCGACCUCUCUGUCGCCCCC